AUGAAGCUUGAGCACAUCUACGUUGCUUUCUACUAUCUUUUGAGUCUCCCUAUUGCUAUUGCUGGUCCAUCCUGCUGCAGAGAUGAUAUCUCCAGUGCCGCCUACCAUGACCAUAUUCUGAAUAAUUACAUCGCCAUUUGGGCCGGGGAUUCAUCGCUUAUUGGUAGCACUUUCCACUCAGAUGUUGUACUUGAAAUCGAUCGCUUCCCUUCAGCAUCUGGCAAAGGCAGCUCUAUCAUCCAUGUGUCUAACAGAACGCAAAUGACUGCCUUCGUUGAAAGAUCACGAAGCGGAUGGAAAGAAUACUACUUUGAGCCGAUCUCAUCUGUCGCCGCAAAUUUUUCAAUUGCUGUUCGUUGGAGGAUGCAUGGAGUCAUGGGAUCUAAUUUCACUUCUUUCUCUACGCCAUUGAAAGCAGGGGAUCAUGUUACCUACAAUGGAACCGACUUCCUUGUUCAGGAUCACUGCACUGGUCUUAUUCGGGAAGCCUACAUCGCUUCGGAUAAUAUUUCGUUCUUGCAUGCAAUGGGCUUGACGGCCAUAACUGUUUAG